AAGAAGAAGAAGAAGAGCAGAAGUGGCGAUGAACGACGAGGAAAUCAUAAAGCAGCGCCUGCUGAUCGACGGCGACGGCACUGGGGAGGAUCGGAGGAUAGUGGUGCUCCUGAAGCAGUUCCUGAAGUGGGCCAACGCCAAGAACGAUUCGCCGGAGACCAAUCCCAUCAUGUACGACCGCCUGAUGGCCCAGUUCGCCCAGUGCAAGCUCACCGCGAUGAAGAAUGUCCAGACCCUGCAGAUGAUUGGCGCCGAGCGGGAGAACUACAGCAAGCUGGUGGAGCAGCACGAACAGAGCAUCGUCCUGGCCAAGGAGGAGAUCGAGGCCAGCAAGAAGGAACUGGUCACCGCCAAGCAGAUCCGCAAGAACAAGAUGGAGUACGACCUGCUGGCCUCGCUCAUCCAGGAUCAGCCGGACCGCAACGGCACCCAGAAGCAGAUCGAGACCAUCAAGAGGGAGCUCGACGACCUGGUGCAGAAGAAGCUCAAGAUGGAGCGCAAGUUUCAGAAGCGUCGCAACGACUUCACGCUGCUCAUGUACACGAUCCACGAGCUGGAGCAGCAGCUGGACCAGGACAACAGCUCGUCCUCGUCGUCCUCCUCCUCGAAUUCCUCGUCCAGCGAGAGUGACGCCCACUCGGAGCCCGACCUGGACGACAAUGGCAUCAUGGAGGUUAGCGACGAGGACGACGACCUCAACAACAGCAACAGUCCCACAAAGUUCGACGGAGUGCGCGGCGAGCCCAAGUUCCACUCCGUCUCCACGGAGGACUCGAAAGCCAUGUCCGUGGAGGAGGACACUGUGCUCGAGCUGAGCAUCGACAAGGACGAGCACGACGUGGAUGUGGCCGUGGCCAGUUAGGUUAAGCGAGUUAAUUGCAGGAAAACGUAUAAUAAAAUGCGAUGAUCGAAGAGAAAGGA